AGUAUAAAGCCCCAGGGUACGUGAAGGCAACACAAAUAGAGGACUAACGAGGACUUCUCCCCGCCGCCACCACCACCACCACCUUUCUUCCAGUCCCACCACCACCUUUCUUCCAGUCCCACCACCACCUUUCUUCCAGUCCCACCACCACCUUUCUUCCAGUCCCGCCGAGUCGCUCCGUCUUCGGUCUCUGGAGCCCCGCCGAGGAGUCAACGUCCUGCCCGCGGGAGGAGCAGCUCUCACAGCCGCCCUCAGAGCACUUUGGCCGGGGGAGUUUCAAAGGAGGCAGAGCUGGGACUUCCUGUUGGCGAGGAGAAGGAAAGGAAAGGAGGACUGCCCAAAUAUUGUCCUCCUACAUCUUGGAACAAUGGCCAGGAGAUGCACCUUCGCCUUCUUGCUGCUCGCCGCCUGCCGCCUGGCGUCCGCAGGGCUGGUGUUCCCCGCCAUGUGCCAGCUGGAUCCUGCGGGCGAGGGUCACCCCGUGCAGGCCGCGCUCAAGACCUUCACCGCCCUGUCGGGCUGCGCCAGCCGGGGCACCACCGGCCUCCCCCAGGAGGUGCACGUCAUCAACCUGCGAGGCGCUGCACCUGACCACGCACCUGUCCAGGUGGAGCUGCACCUGAAGCCCAUCCAGUCGAUGUCGCGCCACCGCAAGCCUCUGGUGUUCGUGCUCAACUCCCCCAGGCCGCUCGUCUGGAAGAUCAAGACGGAGAACCUGGCCCCGGGCGUCCAACGCACCUUUCAUGUGUCCCAGGGCUCGGAGGUGCGCUUCCCACCUGGCAACUUCUCCCGGUCCUGCCACGUCCACCAGGAGCUCCUCCCACACGGCAACCAGCACCUCCUCACCUGGACCCUCAAGACCUACCAGGCACUCACCUCCUUCUCCGAGAUCAGGAUGACCCGAGACGUCUACGUCAAAGUGGGAGAAGACCCGGUGUUCUCGGACACGUGCAAGAUCGACAGCAGGUUCCUGUCCCUCAACUACCUGGGGGGUUACGUGCAGCCACAGCCCUCCAGAGGCUGCGUCCUGUCUGCAGACCACCAGGACCAGGACCAGGACCAGAACCAGGACCAGGACCAGGAGGUUCACAUCAUCGAGCUCCAGGCCCCCAACUCCAGCAGUGCCUUCCAGGUGGACGUGGUGGUAGAGCUGCGGCCCCAGGAGGACGACGCUCCACUACACCGUGAUGUGGUCCUGCUGCUCAAGUGCACCAAGUCAGUCAACUGGGUCAUCAAGUCCCACAACGUGGUGGGCAAGCUCAGCGUGGUGGCGUCUGACAGCAUCAGCGUGAGUCCCGGCACUGAGAGGAGGAUGCAGGUGUCUAAGAGCCCCAAGCAGCAGCUGCCCCCCGGAGCCCCAGCACUGAUCACGUGGUUGCAUCAGCACAACUACGGCGCCACCACCUCGUACACCAGCACACCCCUCGCCAACCACUUUGACGUGCGGCUGAAGGAAGAAGAAGCCCGCCGUCACCCGGACGCCGCCUUGCCCCCAGAGCUCGCCAUCCUGCGCCAAUCCGGCCCGGCGUCGGGGGGGGCUUUGCGGCGCUCCGGCCCGCCCUUCACCUUCCCUCCCCCGGAGUCCGAGGGCCUGCCGCUGCCCUCCCUCCUGGACGACCACCCCUGGGAGGCGCCGAGCGUGAGCCUCGCCGUGCAGUGUGAAGACGCCAAGAUGGUGGUCAGCAUCAGCAAGGAGAGCCUGGAGGUCAACGGCUUUGCCAACGCCAACCUCACGCUGCAGGACCCACAAUGCAAAGCGGAGGUCAACACCACCCACUACACGCUGGAGACCCCUCUGACGGGCUGCCUGACCACCGUCUACCCACUGCAGGGAACCACCAGCGCCCUCUACAUCAACACUGUCCUGAUUAGUCACGCAGAGUCCAAGGACGGGAGCGGUGGACCACUGGAGUCCGAGGACCUGGAGUCCACAGAGGUGUUCCCCAGGGAAGCUGUAGACCUGGACAGGAGGGCGGGCCCAGAUCAGCUGUCCAUCAUACCGUUCAACUGCACGUACCGGCAGACCCGGGACAGCCAAGACCCAGGUCCAGAUCCAGGUCCAGGUCCGGUCCCAGGAAGCGUGCGGCCGGUGGACAUGACCUUCAGCAUGGAGCUCUACCACACGCCGCUCACCAGCCAGCCAUCCCGCCAGGCCUUCUUCACCGUGUCCCAGGACCAGGAGGUGUUUGUGGAGGUGAGGUCAUCCUGCUCAGAUCCAGGUGUGGGCUUCACCAUCCUGUCCUGCAUGGUGUCACCUGACGCUGACCCCAAGGGGGCGUCGUCCUACACGCUCAUCGAGACGGUCUGUCCCACCGAUGACUCGCUGCACUUCACCACAGGUGAGCAGCAGGUGGACAGGAAGCUCUUCAGCUUCACCUUCAGGUCAGAGGUCAAGGUGUCACCUCAGUUCCUGCACUGCAAGAUGUCUCCGUGCUCCAUGGCGCCCUCUGCUGGCCUCGGCCUGGCGCCGUGUUUGGGACCCGGGCAGCCCUGCAACUCCCUGGACCUGAACCACAUCCUCACCAUGAUGAUGGACGCCAAGACCACCAGCACCGCCCUCAAGCUGAUGGACGCCUCCUCGCAUCCUCCCCACAUGACAGAUUUGCCAACAUAUCCUGACCCGGACCCCGAGGUCCCGGAUGACCCCGCCAAUAAAAACACCAUGGACACACCCACUGUGGUGAUCAUCGCCUUCGCCGCCUUCGCCAUCGGUGCUUUGUUGACAGGAGCACUCUGGUUCAUCUACUCACACACAGGUGGGGGGGUGGCGGCAGUGGGCGUGUCCAGAAGUGUCAGCCCACCUCCGAGCACAGUGUGGGCAGCACCCGCAGCACGCCAUGCUCCAGCAGCAGCACGGCGUAGCAGGAAGGGGACUUUACCCGACACAUGAAACAGGACACAUUUGUUGGAGCGCACGAUCCAUUCAAAUUCCCACUUUGACCAGUUGCUAUGUAAAGUGGCGCUUUCCAUCAUUUUCAGCAGACUGUGAUAAAAAAGGAUAACCCCGCCCCCCCCUCUUCCUCUCACACGAGCCCCCCCCCCCCUUUGCCUACUGUAGCCUUCAAGGACCACUUCCUGUCUCCCCAGUGGUGGAGCAUGUUAGCUGGUCCCUAGCAGGCACCGUGUGGAACCAGGACAGAACCAGGAACCACAGAGAACCACUCUGGCCUGUGGGCGUGGUCUACAGCCAAUGUGGGCGUGGUCUACAGCCGUUGUGGGCGUGGUCUACCGCUGUUGUUCAAUGUAGGAACCUGCCAAACAAUGUGAAAGACAAUGUGAACAUUUGGGGCCCCUCCAGUUUGGCCCCAGAGGCCAGAAAGGGUUUUUUAAAUAAGGCAUAUAUUACUUUUUUAUUUUCAAUUCUUAAAUAUGGACUUCAACUUCAGAUCUGUCUGUCCAGUACACUUUUUAAUACA